CAGAGUUUCCAGUGGAUGAGUUCCCCACAGAGGAGUGGGGAGAGGCAGAGGUUAAUUUUCCUGCCGAGAUUGUAAUUGAAGUGAUAAUUGCUUGUGGUGAUUACAGCAGUAAUACUGAGUGGAAAGUUGCUUUCUGCUGGUGGAGUUCUGCAGGUGGUGGAGAGUGUGUAGCAGCACUGAAGGCACUGGUUUUCUUCUGGGCCUCUCACUGUUGGGAUGUUCCCUUAAGGGUGCAGUGCAAUGGGGCUGAGAGUAGAGUCAAAGGAGCAUGGACACAGGGGGGAGAUGGAGUAGAAUGCAGAAGAGAUGCCAUGUCAAGCAACAAGAUGUUGUAAUUAAUGUGAGCUUAUAAACAAGGACAGCAACUGAUUACACAGUUUAAUGGUGAUAGGAAAAAAGAGAAAGGAUCUGUACUGAAAGAGGAGUGAUUCAGUUUAGAUGCUAGAAGAAAAUUCUUGAUUCUGAGGGUGUUGCGGCACUAGCACAGCUGCCCAUUGAAGCAGUGCAUGCCUGGAGGUGCUCAAGGAUGGGUUAAAUGGGGCCGUAGGUUUUUAUGAGUCUAUGGCUAACUGCAUAAUCUUUCAGGUCCUCUCCAAAUCAAACCAUUUUCUUGUUUGACUCUGUGAUAGACUGGAGAUGGCCAGGAGGUUGCAAGAAAUCAGAGCAAGGAGGAGAGCUGACGCAAAGAGACCGAUGGGACCCUGCAUGCAGAAUGAGGGCAUGAUCAGCAAGAUCAGCUCACAUCAAAGUAGGCGCUGUGAGAAGAGAUCUCCAAAAGAUGUUGGGGGAAGCGCAAUGGACCAUGGCGUGUCCUCGUGUCCCUGCCCUCCUGCUGCUGGUGGUGGUUGGUACUGGUGUGAGCACCCAGGGCAUCUGCAGUUCCACAGCUGAUGGUGAGUGUGGGAAUGGGUCCAGAAAAAGAAGACAUCCUGGGGGAGGAAAUGGGAAGAGAGAAAAGCAGUUUUCCCCCCUGAAUUCCCAAUGUCCAUCUCUGGAGUGCUGAUUGUCUGUGCCUUGUGAUUCAAUGUGUUUUGCAACCAAUGAGGUGGUGGAAUCCCUGUGCCAUCUCUCCAGGUACUCUCCAGGCUCCAGUCCUGGUCCUUAACGCAUCCAGUGCUCAGGAAGGAGAAGUUGUCCUGGCUCGAUGUGUCUUUCAGAAGCAGUUUCCUGCUACCCGAAUUGUCUUGUGCAAGGAUGGGUUGGAGGUGUACAGUGUGAAGGUCCAAGAGGGAAGGGUCAUGAGCUCCAUGCUGCUGAACAUCACUGAGAGAAGUGCGGGGACAUACACAUGUUUCUACCAGCAGAGGAACACGAAAAACAGGCUGAGGAGCUCUCCCCUCAGCCCUCCCUUGGACCUGCAGGUCACAGGCCUUGUGCCCAGAUCCACGGAAGAGACAGCACAUGCCGGUGAGAGGCUCCCCUUUGGUCCUGUUGACCCUGUCCCUUACUGUUGUCCUCAUCCCUUCCCUGUGUCCCCAUACCAUCACUACAUCCCCAUCACACCCCACUGUCUGCAUCACCCUGCUCUGACCCCAUCACAUUCCCGUGUCCCCAUCCUAUUCAUUAGUCCCCAUCACUCCGCUUUGUCCCCAGACUCAUACACCCCGUUGGGCCCCAUAGUCAUCGCUGUGGCAUCAGUGGCUGUCACCCUGCUCCUGUCUGCAGCCUCCUGCUGGAUCAUCAAGAAAGGUGCUUGUGGGAAGAGAUGCUGUAGUGCUGAGGGAUCUCCUGCCGACCACGAUUCUUACUAUGCCAACGUGGAUGAAAUGAGGAGAGUGAAGGCCUCUGGAAUACACAGCUCUGAAGUUUGUACAUAGGACAGAAUGUCAGAAAGUGAGAGGCGAUCCACCCCUUUCUCUGCAAGAAGAAGGGGGAAAGCACAGCAGAGGUGACACUUAUCAAUAAAAGCAUGAAAUCCUUCUGCAUCA